CAGACAGAGCAGAUAGGCUUAUAAAAGGAUGGUCAAAAGAUCCUCAAGAACACACAGGAAAAGGUGAACGUGCUUUGUCAACGGACAGAAGUGUUUUUGCUACAGAGCUUAAAUAGAUCCCGCAAUUCUUGUAGGUAGAACUCAACUUUCCAACACGUGAUUGAGCAUCAACAUAACAAUAGCAAUACGUUCCUUCCUUUUGACUCACUCUAGUUUGGGAUGUGGUAUGUGACGGUAAUCCCAGGUAACACUACGACCAUGACAUUUUUUCUCAUCAUCUGCUCAUGUCUGGCCCUGGGAGGCCUGGGGAAGCCUCAGUUUCCUGACCAAGAGAAAGAUCCCCUGUUCUGGAACACAUGGGCCCAGCAUACUUUGAAGAAUGCCCUCACACUUCAGAAGCUCAACCAAAACACUGCAAAGAACCUCAUCCUCUUCCUUGGUGAUGGAAUGGGCAUUCCCACAGUGACUGCAGCACGAAUACUGAAGGGGCAGCUGAGCGGACAGAGUGGAGAGGAGACCCAGCUGGAGAUGGACAAGUUCCCCUUUGUGGCGCUUUCCAAGACGUAUAACACCAAUGCCCAGGUAGCAGAUAGUGCAGGCACGGCCACAGCAUACCUCUGUGGGGUGAAGGCCAACGAGGGCACUGUGGGCGUGAGUGCAGCUGCUGUCCGUUCCCAGUGCAACACCACACAGGGUAAUGAGGUCACCUCCAUCCUAAAAUGGGCCAAGGAAGCAGGCAAGUCGGUGGGAAUAGUCACAACAACGCGUGUGAACCAUGCCACCCCCAGCGCAGCCUACGCUCACUGUGUGGACAGGGACUGGUUCUCUGAUGGCGAGAUGCCCGCUGAGGCAGUACAGGCGGGCUGCAAGGACAUCGCCAGGCAGCUCUUUGAGAACAUUCCCAACAUCGAUGUGAUUAUGGGAGGAGGGAGGAAGUACAUGUUCCCCAAAAACCAGUCAGAUGUGGAGUAUCCUGGAGAUAAGAAACAUUUUGGUACCCGCAAAGAUGGAAGGAACUUGGUGGAGGAGUGGACUAACAGAAUGAAAAACAAGAAAGCCCAGUAUGUAUGGAACAAGAGAGAACUUCUAUCAGUAAAUCCUAAUAAUGUGGAUUACAUUUUGGGUCUGUUUGAGCCGGGAGAUCUGCCCUACAACCUGGAGAGAAACACUGAGACAGAUCCUUCCCUGACAGAGAUGGUGGAGGUGGCCAUCAAGAUCCUGAGGAAAAACCCCAGGGGAUUCUACCUGCUGGUGGAGGGGGGGCGCAUCGACCACGGACAUCAUGAGGGCAAAGCCAAGCAGGCCCUACAUGAGGCAGUGGAGAUGGACCGGGCCAUCGGCCGUGCCGGCCUCAUAACCAGCAUCUAUGACACAAUGACUGUCGUCACUGCUGACCACUCUCACAUGUUCAACUUCGGCGGCUACACACCAAGAGGGAACACCAUUUUUGGACUGGCUCCCAUGUUGAGUGAUGUGGACCAGAAACCCUUUACCGCUAUCUUAUAUGGGAACGGACCAGGGUUCAAAGUUAUCAACGGUCUGAGAGAGAACGUCUCCACCCUUGACUAUCAGGGAACUAACUACCAGGCCCAGUCUGCAGUGCCGCUGCGUAUGGAGACUCAUGGAGGAGAGGAUGUGGCUGUGUUUGCUAAGGGCCCCAUGGCUCAUCUGCUGCACGGUGUCCACGAGCAGAACUACAUUCCCCAUGUCAUGGCCUAUGCUGCCUGCAUCGGCCAGAACAGAGACCAUUGCAUGUCAUCCGGUGGAGCCUCUAGUCUCAGCCCUGCUCUGCCCAGCCUGGCAGCUCUCCUCACGCUCACCCGCCUCCUCUGCUGACCUUUCACCCCAACCCCCCUCCUGCACCCCACAGCCCCCUUAUCUCCUUAUACAUGUAAUACUCCCACACCCUUUUUCCUGUUGUAAUGUGGAUCUUUUUGUGUGGGGAUUUUCUGUUGUUGAUUUAAAAAUAAUAAUGUCCAGUUGAAUGACUUUGGGACCACUGUAAUUGCAUUUAAAGAUGAGUGUUUUGAGCGUUGGUGACGUUCAACCAGAUUCAGUUUUAGAAUAAAUAGGGGGAUAUCACUUUCACUCUACUGUAACAUAUAGGAUAGGUUGUGUUACUCAACUUUGGCAUUGUUCAUCAUUCUGGUAACACCAAAACUAUUUCAAGAGUUAUGUCAUAUCAGUGGGUUUAAGAGAAGGGUAUCACUCUGAAUUGAUUUAAAUUAUUGUAUGGAAAACAUUUCCUCCCAGUAUUAAUGAUAAAGCAAUGUUGCUGCCCACCUAUUUGUUUUCUGUCAAUUGUAUGACUUUGGAUUAAUCAACUUUUUAAAGAAACCAUUACUUUUUAGAAACCUACUGUAAAGGGAUCGAUUUUUAUAUGAAUAUUUUAUUUCAUCCGCUCCCUCGACCUAAACAGAAGACAAACAGUAAACAGAAUCUACCUCAUCAUUUUUUUGGGGGGGGAGAAGUGAAAACAUUGCAAUGAGGAAAGUAGAGGCUAUAUUUGAAUGUAUAGUUUUAACUUUUUUUAUUAUUGAAAUGGUAUGUAAUUCCAUGUUCUUUGUACAUACUUCCCGAAGGCAUUGAAUGAAAAGAGUCAGAAACACACCCACCAGUAUUUCCAAAAACAGUUGUUGUGGCAAGAUCCCUUAGCCAAUAAAGGAAGUCCUGUUGGUUUUUCAUAAGAUGUUGUCAUAA